AUUGAUGACAGGUUUAUUUUGAUUCGGUAACAAAACGUAAAACCUAGAAGUUUAUUAAUGGCAGCAUUUUCAAUUUUCAGUCGCUUCCUUUUACGAUCAAAACAGUUUGCAUCCAUACGAAGCUUCCACAUGUCCUCCGCACGAGAAAGAUCUGAAAAGGUUUUAGAAGAGUUGAAAGGAAAAAAUCCGUACUUCGAAAAGUACGCUAGCAAAAUCGCCGCGGUGCAGCAAAAUUCACCAGAAGAAUUCCUAUCCCGGUUAGAUAAUGUGGAUAAAGAAAAGAAAAAGCCUAAGUUUGGACUUUCUGAAGUGCAACGUGACUAUUCGGAACUUCUCCAACCAAAAGCUCCACUCGGAACCGAAGCAUCGCGAGACAUUACGCAUCGCAAACUGAGUGAUGUUAUGCGGCUGGAGUUGAUUGAAGAUAAGUCUGCAGACGACAUCAAGCAUUUAUGGCUGGAAUAUCAUAGAGAUAAAGAUGUCAUAACGGCUGCAAUACCAGUUGAUCAAUUCAACCAAAUGAUGGAAUGUGCAAAGCAGUACCCAGUGUUUAUACUUCCUAUUCCUCGAAGCGAAGGGUACGAGUUCAUAAUGCUACAAUUUGCAGCUAACACUAUUCAUUUCACGCCUUUGUUGAAUUACCAGGUCCACAAAGAAAACGCCCCUGAAUGUUUAAACAUCACCAUGUUUACAGAAUGUUCUGAUAAAGGAAUCAUACUGAUGCGGGGAGAAUAUGAUACCAAAGUAAUCAAUGCACAGGAAGCACAGUGUUUAGCAAAUCAAGUCCAACUUUAUUAUUGUCAGAAGAAUGUAUCUAAAUUGCAUCUGCUUGAAACGUUUACUAGACAUCCGGAUAAGUUCAAACACAUGGACAUCAUCGAGGAGUUGAACAAUUUGAAAAUUUAAUUGUUUUUUCUUAUGAAGGUACUUAAUUGUUAUCAGAACAUAGCUUCCUGGGAGUCCUGUAUUGUUGUUGCAGCCAAUAUAUCUUGCGAUAAGUAUACCGGGGUGCCUGCAAAAUUUUCGUUUGACUCAA